GGUUGUCAUAGAGACUGCGUUGUUUACCUCCGAGUACUGCAGUUGCUGGGAGCGCCAGGUGGGAUAAGGAGGCUCCUAUCCCGAACUUGUGUAGUAGUGCUUUGCGGCGCUGAGGACUUUGGAAACCUCAAAUGGCCAAACUACUACAACCUCCGCCCAAGUUCCUGUCCCCAGAAUGGUACAUUGCUAACAAGAGCCAGUACCACAGAGCAGAGGCCCAAAAGUCCCGAUCCGAGCGUCUGGUAGCAGAAAGCCAGAGGCUUGUGGAUGAAAUUGAAAAGACCACAAGAAAAUCUCAAAGUGAUGUGAACAAGAAACUAGAACAGAGACUUGAGGAAGUCAGGUUCUGGAAGAAGGAGUUAGAUGACAAACUUGAGCAACUUGUGACAGAAACUGAGGAUCUACUCACAUAUAAGACCAGAUUGGAAAAAGCCCUGGAGAGUUUUAAAGAACCCUUGCACAUCACUGAGACAUGCCUGGAAUACAGGGAGAAGCGUGUUGGGAUUGACCUGGUACACGGCGAGGUGGAGCAGGAGCUGAUGAAGGAGGCUGAGAUCAUCCGAGGCGUCAUAGCUCUGCUGACCCGCACCUUGGAGGAGACUUCUGAGCAGAUCAGGCUGAACCGCUCUGCCAAGUACAACCUUGAAAAGGACUUGAAGGACAAGUUUGUGGCCCUGACCAUCGAUGACAUCUGCUUUUCACUCAACAACAAUUCACCAAACAUCAGAUAUUCGGAGAACGUUGUGCGGAUUGAACCAAACUCUGUGAGUCUGGAAGACUGGCAGGACUUCUCCAACACCAAUGUGGAGAAGGCUGACAAGCAGCGAAACAACUCCCUGAUACUGAAGGCCCUGGUGGACCGAGUCCUGUCCCAGACAGCCAGCGACCUACGCAAGCAGUGUGAUGUGGUGGACACGGCCUUCAAGAAUAGGCUGAAGGAGACUAAGGCUGCCAGGGACAAGCUGGCUGUUCAUCUGGCCAAGGUCAUGGAAGAGAUUGCUUCCCAGGAGAAAAACAUUACAGCUCUUGAAAAAGCCAUCCUUGACCAAGAAGGGCCAGCCAAGUUGGCUCAUACACGCCUGGAGACCAGGACGCACCGGCCUAACGUGGAGCUAUGUCGUGACGUCGCACAAUAUAGGCUCAUCAAGGAGGUUCAAGAGAUCACCCACAAUGUUGCAAGAUUAAAGGAAACCCUAGCCCAAGCUCAGGUAGAGCUGAAAGGGCUGAAUCGCAGACAACUUGCCCUGCAGGAAGAGAUCCAGGUGAAAGACAACACCAUCUACAUCGAUGAAGUGCUGUGUAUGCAGAUGAGAAAGUCCAUCCCACUAAGGGAUGGGGAAGACCAGGGAGGCUGGGCUGGGGGACUCCGCCAUGAUGCUGUCUGCUAAGAGUAGGGCUAAUUCUAAUUCUCAUUAA